CCUCAUCCUCGUUCAAAUUGUCACUUACUUUCAUACCCUUUCUGCCAACCCGAAUAGCACCUGCGUUCCUACACUUCAAACAUUCCUCAAAAUGGAUACUCCUGCCAAAUAUACACAUGGACCUCAAAAUUUGGCCAUUGGUUCCUCGUCAGCCUUCAACAAUUUCCUCAAGGUUCUUAAGCCGUAUGGACUUUCUACUCCCCGAUAUGUGGUGUUUCCGAUCCUCAGUGCCAUCUUCACAUACUACCUAUGGAUCGUGAUGGGUUUGAACGGCGCCGGUGAUGAAUUGCAAGCUACCCUAGCCGCGGGAAAAUACGCCGAUGGAACACCACUUUGCGCCUCCUAUACCGGAGUCCGUCCACUUGAUCAAUUGAUAACGGUGAUUGUGGCAUUUGAAUACCCUGUGACGAACGGUCAGGAUAAGCCUUCCUGGCUACUCAUGCUGGACAUCAUGUCGACCCUGCAAACCGCGAUGAUCUGGGUUUUCCUGGACUCAAUGAGGAAGGGCAGAUCCACGGCGUGGUUUGCAUACCCAGCGCUAUGGUGCUGCACGGUUAACGCCGCCGGAGCUGCUGUCAUCCUGCCUUUGUACUUCUGGUUGCAUCUACAACACCGACCAUCCGAACAGUACAUCCAGCUCUGGGAUGCUUCGCCACUUCCGACAGCUUUCCUGAUUGGAGGUGUCCUGCCUGGGCUUGCAUUGGUGACGCGAACACUGUGGCAGCUCUCAGCAAUCCACCAUCAGCAAAUAAUCGCCUUUGUGCAAUUCUCUCCCCUGCUGAUCGCAACGAUACAAAUUGUGGGAUCGAGUUUAUACCCCAUUCGCAACCUCGAUAUCCGCCGUCGGAGAACGGCUGCCCUGCCGUCCAUCCAGCGAGUACUUCAGUUCGGUGUCAUCUUUUCGGGGUUGGCACAUCUGGCCAUCCUUGGCCAUGCCGCAUUUGGUGCGGCGAAGCUUUCCAGCAUCUAUGUUCCGGAUGGGAAUGCUCCUUUGUCAGCUUCGGCCGCGGACAAAAUCUUGGAAGGCGCAAAAUACUUUCUUCAGUGGGAUUUGAUCGGCAUCAUUGUCAGCACUGGACUUUGGUGUUUCUACAUGGUGUCUGAACUUUCUGACAUCAAUCAAAUUCAACUAGCUGUACGACUCAUUGGUGGUAUGGUUCUCUUUGGCCCUGGUGCCACGACCUCGGCCGUUUUGAGUUGGAGGGAAGGACAUAAUGUUGCACAGGCAGAAGCGAAGAGGCACAAGUACAGUCUGGGUGAGAUAGAAACGACAUGCGAAAGAUCUGGGGAGUACGGCUGCAAAUCGACAGUCAAAGCGGGAGAAACGACUGUGAAAACUGAAGAUAUAAGAGAACAUUCAACGAUCAUGGUUGAUUACCGUAGGAUCAAGAUGGACAGACAGAUGAAGAUGCGAUACUUCCAUAAGAGGAUAUUCAAGUAA